CGUGGCGCGGGCCGCGCUCGGGGAGGCGCCUGGGCCCGCCCUCCUCCGGGGCGCCGCGGGAGGGGCCCGGGUUGGCGCGGGGCGGGGAGAGCCGCCUGGCCCCUCCCCUCCGCCGCCCUCCCCAAAGUUGCCGUCUCCCCCGGGGCCGGCCGGUCUUAUGAUCCGGCGGAUCCUCCUGGGGAGGCCGGGCCGGGGAGAGGGCGCGGGCGCCGAGUGGCGGGGGCAGCGGGCGGGCGCGGCGACCGGGGCCGGGGCGGGGAUCCGGGCGGCGACCGCGGCGGCGGCAGCGCCCCGGGCCCGCCGCCCCCUCCCCUCCUGCGAGGGGAGCCGCUGCAUGGGGCCGGGGGGGCGGCCCUGCGGCGCGGAGCGGCGGCGACGGCGGCGGACCCCCCAGGCGGGCUGGGGCUGAGCCCGGGGCCGGGGCGGGGGCUCCGGGGGUACCAUGCCCGGAGGCCGGCCGGCAGCAGCAUGGCUCACGGGCCCGGCGCGCUGAUGCUCAAGUGCGUGGUGGUCGGCGACGGGGCGGUGGGCAAGACGUGCCUACUCAUGAGCUAUGCCAACGACGCCUUCCCGGAGGAGUACGUGCCCACCGUCUUCGACCACUACGCAGUCAGCGUCACCGUGGGGGGCAAGCAGUACCUCCUAGGACUCUAUGACACGGCCGGACAGGAAGACUAUGACCGUCUGAGGCCUUUAUCUUACCCAAUGACCGAUGUCUUCCUUAUAUGCUUCUCGGUGGUAAAUCCAGCCUCAUUUCAAAAUGUGAAAGAGGAGUGGGUACCGGAACUUAAGGAAUACGCACCAAAUGUACCCUUUUUAUUAAUAGGAACUCAGAUUGAUCUCCGAGAUGACCCCAAAACUUUAGCAAGACUGAAUGAUAUGAAAGAAAAACCUAUAUGUGUGGAACAAGGACAGAAACUAGCAAAAGAGCAUUUGCAACCAUCUGCUCUGUAUUUCCUCCCCUGUGCCUCUUACCCAGCAGAUGUCAGCACAUGUGGACGCCACACAGCAGGGACUCUGCUCUUUCGUUCAGUUCACUGACAUAUCCCCAGGACCUAAACAGUGCUUGACAUAUAGUAGAUACCCAGUAAAUAUGUGAUAGGAGCAUGCUGCUAUGUGGAAUGUUCAGCUUUAACCCAGAAGGGAUUGAAGACUGUUUUUGAUGAGGCUAUCAUAGCCAUUUUAACUCCAAAGAAACACACUGUAAAAAAAAGAAUAGGAUCAAGAUGUAUAAACUGUUGUUUAAUUACGUGAGAAACAUCUUCAGUGGCCAAGGAAACUGUCCAUUUCUCUCAGAAAGCAAAUGAAAUGCUACAGCUAUACCCAGACCUUUUAUAGGUAAUGAAGCAGUUCAAAACGUGAAAGAAAACAAAACCUGUCCUCAGAAUUCUAUAAAGUGUAUUAAGAAUGUUCCUUAAAGGUUUAAGAAGCAGUAAGCAGCAUCUGAAGCCACAAUCUAUUAUAAAUACUUUAUUUCAACUAGAAGGUACAAUCUCUCAGGGGUUUCAUAGUUUAAAAAGCUACAAUCACAUCAUGUUGUAACUACAUAAAAAACAGAGCUGUAAAUGGAACUGCUUGGCUUUGACCAUACACAUUUCUGCACAGCCCUUACGGAAUCUGCACAAAGAAAUAUCUCCCUUUGCUCCAGUUAAUUGUUCUUGUAUGUAAGUUGCUUUCUAUUCCAGUAUAUCCAGAGUGGUGAAAUAACAAGGCCAGCCACGUAGCCAAAGGUCGCUCCAAGCGUACAGGAGAUGGGCCAUACCUGAGGAGAGAAUGUAUGAGAUCAAAAAAGAACAAAUGUUUUAUUAUUACUUGAGCACAAGUGUAACCUAAAUAUUUCUAUAUUAAAGCUUAAUGUGCUUUCUUAAAGAAUGCCAAAAGUGUAAUAAGGUCAUAACUGCAUUUAUCAUGAACACUAAAAAUGUACACAUUUUAGUUAAUGUGCAUUAAACUGUAACAAGGCUUCUGGCAAUUGUAGAUUUAGUUUGACGCUCCCCAAAGUGCAUGAGACACAUGCUAAAAUUACAAAUUAAAAUUUUGGGUCAGACUUUGCCAUAAUGAUGUACUCAAUUUAGCUCUCUGAACUAGUUGGUAAUUUUUUUUUUUUAAUUCCCACUUUGGCUGUGUACAUCAAAUGAAAUGAGAAGUGUGUAUGCUGACCAAACCACAAGAAACUUUCUUUAAGUUGUGUUAAAGAGGAAAGACCUAGAAUCCAAGCAUGUUACAUGAAAAUUGUAACAGAGCAGCUGCUUCCACCUUUCAGAUAUAGAUGUUGGAACCACAGCAGAAGUUAUAGAGCGACAACUUAUAUACACACCUAGAAUGUAAGUUAAACAAAAUACCGGCUUCCAGAGACCCCUUUUCUCCAGCCAUAUUACAUCAGGCUAGAACUAAUUAAUGUUGAUUUACUUCAUCUACAAGCAGUUGGUCCCUAAGUGAAAGGCUCUGCUUAAAAAAAAAAAAAAAAAAAAGUUGGAGAAAAAUUUUCAUGUUCUUCUGUGAAGCUUAUUUGGUACACUGGAGCCAUUUCUAAUCUUUCUCUGGGGGGAACAGGCCACAGAACUGUGUUAGAGGUGAACCAUCUUAAUUACUAGUUCUAUUACCUAAUUCAGCUUCCUUGUUUGGUCUGCUGUGGAUCUGCCUUAUUGCAUAUGCCAUGCAUCAGAUAAUGGUGUUAGACAAAGCUUCAUUGUGAACAACCUAAUGCAUUUUAGAGAAACAAUCUCAUCUACACAUUUUUUCUAGCCUUUCCUACAUUUAAACUUGCUGUUGCCUAAAUUAUAAUUUUUUAAAUGUCUUUGGUGGCUUCUGUUAAUUCACAUGACUUGAGCUUAUAGCUAUGUCUACUGCACAGAUUGGGUAAUGGAACACUAAACUUUUAUACUUGAAAAUGACAGCCUUAAAUGCUCAUAUCAGUCACAAAUCUAGGAUGUACUGUCUUGUUGUAUGUGAGCUUUGUAGAGAUUUUUAAAAAUAUAAGCAUCACCUUCCCAUUGAAGAGUGGAGAGAGUCUACUGGAUGACUGGCCAGGAACUUUCUCUCUGAAUCGGACAUUUGGAUGUCUUCUUUCUUCCAAGAAAUGGUGGUUCACAUUAAAGUAUCAUGGCCUUAUGUAUGCUCAAAUGGAAUCUUAUGUAACUUUCUUAUUUAAUUUUGGUCUGCUAUUUUUAGAUAAAAUUGAAAGGAAUUGUAUAAAUCAAUCAACAUAUUAGCUAAGUUGUCCAACACAUGGUAUAAACGAAUUACAACAGUAAACUAUUAUACAUUUCCAACUUGCCUUUGGGGAUUUAUGAGGAUUUUUUUGGGGGGGGGGAGGGGGCUCCGAUUCAUAUCUCUGAAACCCUUCACACUUGGUUUACUAAUUCAAAGUUAAAAGUCUAGAAUUUGCCCUGCCCUAACAGAAACAGAUUAGGAAUUUGUCGACACAAACUGGUGUCACCUGUUUCUUGACUGGGAUUUGGUUUCCUCAUUAUAAAUAUGGGAGGUAGAACAGAGAUCUCCAACGUCUCUCCCAUUUAUCACAAUAAUUUUCUUAUUCACAGUAAUCAUUGUUGGAUGUUACCUUUUCAGUUUCACAUUCUCAAGAUGGUAAAAAUCAUGUAUAUAGAUUAUCAGAAUUCUAAGCAAAGAUGACUGUCACAUCUGAAGCUGAGGUGCCUUAGGUACUCUACUGACCUUGAUGGGUUUGGAGUUCCCCAUUGCUUAUCAAGAGCUUUUUAAUUGCUUUGGUUCUUUAGUCUUUCUUUUUGCAAAAAUCCUUCCUGUCACUUUAACUAAAAACCAAAGAUUUGUUUUCUAUUGAUAAGCAGACUAGAGAAAAACUGCCUUAUUUUCAGAAGCAUGUCUUCAUUCAAAGCUUAGGCUUCAAUAGAAAUUCAGACUAAUCACUGAAAUGACUAUUUCAAACUAGUGAAAUAUCUGGGAAAUAAACUGCUUCAAAAAUAUUUUACUGACAUGAAUUUUGCUAGUGAAUAGAAAUACACUGCCUCAAAUAAGGCCACGUAUGAAUGAACUUACAAGAUAUUUGAGUUAAUCAGUGUUUGCAUAUAGAGAAUUAGUUCUAAAGUUCUUAAAAAUAAAUCUAGGGGCUCCCUGAAAUUUUAUUUAAUACUUUGCUAACUUACACUCUUGUUUUAUCUCCACAGGUACAUUUUAGGUUAGCUCAUGGUGAAUUCUAUUUACAAUAAGUGGAGCUUGGAUUAAUGGGUUUUGUUAUGAAUUAUCUUAGUGACUUUAGACACUGUUUCCAUUUGAUUUUUAACUAUUUAAAAUACCAAAUUAAAUACCAGUUUGUUGGUUGUUACUUUUAAAUGAUUGUUACUUUAACAGUGUCCCUUCUUAACACAUGGGGUUACAAAUAAAAUACUAUGCAUAGUUUACUAUCUA